CAUGCCACAGCAGCCCUACCCCCGCUGAUACGCUUUCCGUAUUAAUCUACCAAUCGCUAUCUAAAUCUCACUCCCAAGAUUCUUACACUACUAUCAUCACAUGAUGAUUUCCUCUAUAAAUCACUCAGAAAUCAUCACAUAUAUCUUCCCCAUAACCAUAACAACAUAUGCAUAAAUCAUAAAAUCCUCCCUCUUAAAACAGUUUCUAAAUGAAGGAGCUGUGGACAACCAUGGCCUCCAUAAUGGGCGUGUGGGCCUUCGGCCAGAGCCUCCUCCACACGCUAUUCCCGCCGGAGCUCCGCUUCGCCUCCCUGAAGCUCCUCCACCGCGUGUUCAGCUCCUUCUCCGCCUACUGCUACUACGACAUCACCGAGAGCGACGGCGUCAACACCAACGAGCUCUACAACGCCGUCCAGCUCUACCUCAGCUCCUCCGCCUCCGUCUCCGGCUCCCGCCUCAGCCUCACCCGCGCCCUCAACUCCUCCUCCAUCACCUACAGCCUCUCCAGCAACGACCGCCUCGUCGACUCCUUCAACGGCGCCACGGUAGAGUGGGAGCACGUCGUCACGCAGCGCCACUCCCCCACCUUCUCCUGGCGCCCCCUCCCCGAAGAAAAGCGCGCCUUCACUCUCCGUCUCAGGAAAAGCAACAAACACCUGCUGCUCAACUCCUACCUCGAUUUCGUCAUGGACCGAGCCAGCGACCUCCGCCGCAGCAAUCAGGACCGCCUGCUCUACACAAACUCCCGCGGCGGCUCAUUGGACUCCCGCGGCCAUCCCUGGGAGUCUGUUCCGUUUAAGCACCCCAGCACCUUCGACACCUUAGCCAUGGAUCCGGUCAAAAAAUCUGAAAUCAUGGCCGAUCUGUUGGAUUUCGCCAACGGAGAGGCCUUUUACCAGAAAACUGGUAGGGCUUGGAAGAGGGGCUACCUCCUCUACGGCCCUCCGGGCACAGGAAAAUCGAGCAUAAUCGCCGCCAUGGCCAAUUUCCUUAGCUACGACAUCUACGAUCUCGAAUUGACCGAAGUUAACACGAAUUCCGAGCUGCGGAAGCUGCUGAUGAAGACGAGUUCAAAAUCGAUUAUCGUUAUAGAAGACAUUGACUGCUCGAUUAAUCUCACAAACAGGAACAACAAGCUAGGGGGGAGGAAGAAUGCGGCGGCGGCCGGCGACGACGGCGCCAACACGAUAACGCUCUCCGGUUUACUGAAUUUUACGGACGGAUUGUGGUCGUGCUGCGGGAGCGAGAGGAUCUUCGUGUUCACGACGAAUCACAUCGGGAAGCUGGAUCCGGCGUUGCUGAGGAGCGGGAGGAUGGACAUGCACAUCCACAUGAGCUACUGCUCGUUUCCGGCGCUGAAGAUUCUGUUGAAGAAUUAUUUGGAUUUGGAAGAGAGCGAUGUGGAGGGGGAGGAAUUUGCGGCGGUGAUCGAUGAAGCGGAGAUGACGCCGGCGGAUAUAAGCGAGGUGCUGAUUAAGAAUCGGCGCGAUAAGAGCAGGGCGGUGGUUGAAUUGAUGGACGCGCUCAAAAUUAGGGCGGAGAAAAGUCGAUUGAAGAAAUUAGGGGUGGAAGAUGAGGAGCAGGAGAAGAGGGCUUUGGAGAGUCCGCAGCAAAAUUGCAUUGGAGAUGUGGUUGAUAAUGACAAAAUGCAUUCAACUUGAGUUGAGUGUGGAUGAAAGGAUGAAAAUCGUGACAUGAAUUCCAUGGCAUUAUUGUUUUUUUUUC